GAUCAGCUGGAGCGACAUCCCACGUCCACACCCAGGCUGGUAACAUAAGGAAUUUAAUUGAGAGCCCGGUGGGUUUAUAUUUGCAGUCAUCGACACCGACCGGUCCAUCACCCACAGACAUGCACUGUCUUCACUGCUCCCAAGAGUUUACCGAUCAAUCACAAUUAAACGCCCACUAUGAUGAGCACGCGGAGAUUCAACGUCGAGUUCACCCCGGGCGAGUAUACGGGGCCCGCUACGAGACAAAGGGCCACGUCAUCUCGCCAGGCGGUGCUGAAUCCGACCCAGAACAGGCUUCAUUCAGUGCUAUUGGCAAAGAUUCAUUCCCCCUGAAGGAGCAAGAGCCCGGCAAGAAAGCACAACGGCUCUCCGACAUCAGCCAGUUCAUGAACCAGGAAAACGGUCUGCUUGUAUUUCGUCGCUUUUCCGAACUGAGUAUCCAGAACCUCGUCCACAUGCAGACCGAGAUUGCGGAACUGGAACAUCGCGUCAAACAACAAAGUGAUUCAGCGGGCACAAUCCCCUGGGGCAGUCCCUCGAAUCAACUCAGGGAUACGCUCUCAGACAAGCUGGAGAAAUAUCACAAAGCUCUGCUGAUCCAGUCACAAUUGCGCAAGCUGAAACGUCCAGAAGAUGAGUUUAUCCAGAUUCUGAGCGACUGGGCAGCAGACUCUCAGCUUCUUGUCGAACCAGAUGGCGCAUUCUUAGCCGAUCAGCCUCAGCUUCGAAGUGACUUGGUGUCGCUGAACUCCGGCGCAGAACGGAAAGUCUGGGCCUAUCGCGUCGUAGAAAGAUUGGUCUGGAAGUUGCUUGUCAAGGUAAACCCCGUAUUAAUGAGCUGAAGGGUAAACAUCUCAUGCCCACUUUUGCAGGACAAAAACCGUAGUGCGGUGACCGUCUACGACCACGGGGGGACUCUCUACACGUACAAUGACGAGGCCGUCGCGGCG